AUGGAGAUAGUCUCAAUUACAAAAACAAUUUCCCUAAUUCUCCAGAUUUUGAUAAUCCUAAAUGCCUCACCUUAUCUUGUUCAUUGUGCAUUUUCACGUCUCCAACUUCCAUCACGAAUCUCUGGCCCUGACUCUGCUGCUUUCGACACAAAAGGCGACGGACCUUACACUGGUGUUGGAGAUGGCAGAGUAUUCAAAUAUCAAGGUCCAAAUACUGGCUUCACUGAAUUUGCUAUUACAUCACCAAAUAGGACCAAGCAAAUAUGUAAUGGCACAAAUGACCCAAUAUCACAAAUUUCUUGUGGAAGACCGUAUGGCCUUGAAUUUUACAACAAAACUGGUGAUCUAUACAUAACUGAUGCAUAUUAUGGACUGUUGGUGGUUACACCAAGCGGAGGGCUCGCUACACCACUUGUUACUAGCUUUGAGGGUAGGCCAUUUGGCUUUCUCGACUCACUAGACAUCGACCAGGAAAUGGGAAUCAUUUAUUUUGUAGAUGCAGGAGCCAUAUUCCGAACUAGCAACAGGUUUUUAAUUGCUUUAAGCGGAGAUACAACAGGGAGAUUGUUCAAGUAUGAUAUAGCAACAAAACAAGUCACAUUAUUACUAAGUAAACUUUCAGGCCCAGCAGGGGUAGCACUCAGCAAAGACAAAUCGUAUUUAUUAGUCUCCGAAGCUAUUGGUAAAAGAAUUACGAGGUUUUGGCUUGAAGGUGCAAAAGCAAAUUCUUCUGAUGUUUUCACAAACAUUGAUGGAAAUCCAGAUAACAUUAAGAGGACUGUGUCCGGAGAUUUUUGGGUGGCUGUUGUCAGCGUGAGAAUAAAGCUUUUGAUCAUUCCCACCUUGAGUUCGACAGGACAAAGGAUAAAUCAGUUGGGAGAAGUUGUGGAAACGCGUGAUUUCACAGCUCAAUAUACUAGUGCAAAUGGGAUAACUGAAGUUCAAGAAUAUAAUGAACUUUAUAUUGGGUCUUUAGACCAGAACUUUAUUGGUGUUGAUGGAGUUUGA